GGCAAACUUCGCGAUUUCGUUCAUUUAUUCGUGAACAUAGAUCCAAAGAUCCAAUGGCAUCCGCACAAACUAAAAAGAUAUCGGGACGCUGCUGCCACGAGUUUGGAGUCUUGCACUUUGCAUUUGCUGGUUCCCACAUCAGAUUGAAAACGAGAAAGAGAACCCAACCAAGCGGCCCCAUCCAAGCUCACAACACAACAAAACAACAAUCGAGAGAAACUCGACAUCAGCAUGAAAAUUACAGCCGCUAUACUAUCCAUCACCACGUUCGUUGGGGCUGCCAAGUGCAGUCUGGCUUUGGACCGCGCCUUGUUGGACCAAGCAACCAACGGUGCCACGCAGCACAACUGGUGGGAAUUUGGAUUGGGCGAUCCCAUUGCAGAUGAGGUAGCCUUGUUCUAUCUUGGUCAUACUUACUUCCAAGGAGCUGAUAUUGGAGAAGUCCUGGAGACAAUCUAUCGUACCAAUCACACGGAUCCAAGAAGUUGGCACGACGAAUUCACCAAAACAGCGGAGCGCUUGGAAGCUGUGGGCAAAGAGUUUGAAGACGAAGGUCAUGACUUGACGGCAGGGCAGAGCUUUUUGCGUGCGGCAACCUAUCGCAGGGCUAGUCUCCAUCGCCACCCGGACCCCUUCCAUGAAGAAGUGCCCAUUGUGACACAACAAGCUGUUGAUAACUUUGAAAAGUUUCUUGCUUUGACCAGUUACCCUUGCAAGGCCGUUCAGAUACCGUAUGAGGACACAACCCUUCCGGGAUACCUUUGCAUCAACCGAAAUGCUGCCAACCCGGCUCCUCUCAUCAUUUACAAUCAGGGAAAAGAUGGGUGGAUGGAAGAUGGCAAGAAUGUUGUGGACGAGGCCAUGCAGCGUGGGUAUCAUGUGCUUCUGUAUGAUGGACCAGGCAUGGGCAGAACCAUUCGCCUUCAAGGAUUGCCAUUCCGCCACGAUUGGGAAAAGGUUGUGUCGGCAGUAAUCGACUUUGCGAUCGACCAACCCCAAGUGGAUGGUGACAACCUAGCUCUCAUCUCACUCAGUUUGGGAGGAUUCCUUGCCCCCAGGGCGGCUUGCUUUGAACACCGCCUCAAGGCUCUUGUCCCCAAUCCAGGAGUGGUGAGCUGGCAUCGUGUGUACGAGUCAGAGCUCCAACUGUUGGCAUCUGCCUUUGGCUUUGGGCCUGAAAUCUUUGAAUUGCUGGAGGACGAUCCUGCUGCCUUUGAUGAAGAAGUGCUGAAGAUGAUGUCCACGAGUGACUUUUUGCACUGGGGUUUCGUCGAUAGUAUGUGGCAUCAUGGAGUGGAUUCACCAUCCACCUUGAUGAAUGAGCUCAAGAAGUUUGACAUAGUCGAUUUGAUGGGAAACAUCACCACAGCAACACUGGUGGUGGAUGCAGAUGCAGAGACUCGGGCACAGGCCUGGGAAUUGUACGAAGGGCUUACCGGAGCUGUUAAAAAGGACUACUUGAAGUUCAGUGCCGAUGAGGCUGCACAGUUUCAUGAUCAGCCUGGUGCCAUGGGCAUCCAGUCAGCUCGUAUCUUCAACUGGUUGGAUGAGAUUCUGGAGACAAGAGCUGUGUUGGAAGAUGAAUCUACCGUUAGCAAGCUUGCCGCUUCGGCGGCACCCCGCGGGAUCUGUUCAAUUGGCGGAGCUGUUGUCCUGGUUACUCUGGUUUUAUCAUGGACACUCUAAGUGCACGCAAUCCAUCCAUGCGGCAAGCACAGGAUUGAGUGUUAUCCGAUCAAAGAACGUACGAACAAAGGCAGAUAGGUCGCGAGCAUUAUAGCAGCAGUUAGAACGAAACAUUGACUUUUAGGAAUUGAUUAUUGUUGCU